AUGCCUCGGUUUCAAAAUGAGGUUGCAGCCGUCCUAGGCGCGUCUGCCCUCUGCAGUAUCGUCGUCUUUUGGGCUGCACGUCCUCGGGAGGGCAAAAUUCAGCUGCCCGUCCACUCCGGCGACGAUGGUUCUCCAGAUCCGUUCGACGUGUCCCAGCCGGUCGAUUUUAUAGACGGGAUACCCAUUAAUGAGAAGAAGUUUUGGGAAAAGAUGAGGAGGAGGAAAAUCGUUCUGUCGUUCCUGUUUGCUGCCAUCGUUAUCUUGAAAACUAUUUGCUUUGGCUGGGCCAUCGUUGAGGACGAACUUUCGAAUGUGGCCAGCUAUGCUAUCCACGUGUUUUUCUCUCUUUAUGUUCUUGCAAUUGCCGUCCGGUCUGUCAAUCAGGACGCUCCCGGUUCUCAUUCAGAGUCGAUCCUCCAUCUGACAACACUAACGACACUAGCUGCCAUUUUGCUUGGUAUUUCUAUUCUUCUCCCAACAAACCCCCCUCCUGUGGCGACUUCUGUGGAUUCAAGCGAAGUCUUCACGUGGAUGUGGAUUUUUGUUUUCAUCAUCUACACAAUUACCUGCCUUCUAUCUGUCACUAUGCCACGAGGACCACAGCUACACUACGAGCCCAAAGAUAUCUAUUCCGCGAAAGAGGCAUCUGCAAGAACCAACAAAGACGAAGUAAACGUAACUGGAGUGACAGGCAAGUCGUCACCCUGGGAAACGCUAUUUUUCUCGUACUCAACCAAAGUCGUCAUGCUUGGUAAUACUGCUACCAGUUUAGAGAUAAGCGACCUUCCCAUUGUGCCCGUGGGCCUCCGUGCGACAUUCAACUACACGAGAAUGAAGCACGCCGUUCGGACAAUAAACUGGAAAAUCGGCUCAUGGAGACCUAAACCUGGUUCGGGGUGGAAUCUCGGAUAUCGACUUGUUAGGUUGAAUUUGAUGGCGCUAUUUGUGCAAUUCUUGCUUGCGUCUGUCAGUGCAUGUGUAUAUUACGUACCCCCGUAUUUCUUGAAGCAGCUCGUUUCAUAUCUCGAAGUCGACCACGAGCGCAGAGAUACGAGGUGGGGUUGGGUGUACGUAGUAGGCUUGUUUGGAUCCAACGCUACUUCUUAUCUGCUCACUGGUCAACUCUGGUCACUUUCCACGACGGUCUUGCAAGUCCGAUUCAAGAUUCAACUAAAUACUAUUCUGUUUGCCAAAACACUCGUUCGCAAAGACGUAGCAUCCAGCGCGCCCCCACCGUCCAACGGAAGCACGAAAAGCGACGGCUCUGAUGACAAAAAGGAUGAUGAGGACGACUUUUCUAGCAAGGCGCAGAUCAUGACUCUUAUGACUACCGAUGUCGACAGGCUCAGUGAGUUUGCAUGGCAUAUGUUUACUCUGAUUGACUCCCCAAUUGAGAUCAUCAUUGGCACUCUAUUUCUAUAUAAACUUCUUGGGGUUUCUUGUUUCUUUGGCUUGGCGGUGACAUGCUUAUUCCUACCAAUGAACCACUUCGCGGGAAGCGUGGUCGUCGGUGCCCAGGAUAACCUCAUGAAAGCUCGGGAUGAAAGGAUAUCUCUUAUGAAUGAAAUCCUCGGUGCAAUCCGCAUGCUGAAGUUCAUGGCCUGGGAGCGCAGUUUUGAAGCGCGAGUCCUCCAAAUCCGAGAAAAGGAGCUGAAAUACCAAAAGCUCAACUACACUAUUGAGACGUUGUGGAAUGCCAUUUGGAAUGCUUCGCCCAUACUGGUCACCUUGGUAUCGUUCUGGCAUUUUACUGUCAUUCGAAAGCAGGACUUGACGCCCUCUAUCGCUUUCACAUCCGUGAUGUUCAACGAAUUGAAAUUCGCUCUCAACGCGCUCCCCGAGACGUUCAUCAAUAUGCUCCAAAGUUUGGUGUCGAUGCGCAGGAUUGAAAAGUAUCUAAACGCUAACGAAGUCUCUCCCGUCGCACCCGUUGAGCAGCAGUCCCAAACGAUUGCCCUUCAGUCUUGCACUGUUACAUGGCCACAGGACCGCAUAGCUGCGAGCAAAACACCCUCCGUUGCAUCUACACCACGUCACAAGUUCAUACUUGUUGACUUGUCGCUCCGUUUCCCGCCAGGGGAACUGUCCUUGAUAUGCGGUAAGUUAGGAUCGGGAAAGACACUACUUCUUCACGCACUGCUAGGAGAGGCGGACGUACUUGCAGGGCAAAUGCUUUGUCCGCGUUCACCCCCUGAUGCCAUAGCGUCCUUCAAAAUAAUCUUACCCAGAGAAGAAUGGGUUGUCCAAGGAAUCUGCGCAUAUGUCCCGCAGGCUGCCUGGCUCCGUAACGCAUCGAUUAAAGACAACAUUCUUUUCAAUCUGCCAUUUGAUGCUGAGCGUUACCGAAAAACAUUGGAGGUUUGUGCUCUUACGACGGAUCUUGAGAUCUUGGAGGAUGGAGAUGAAGCAGAGAUCGGAGAACGUGGCGUGAACCUAUCGGGAGGCCAAAAAGCUCGGGUGUCUCUUGCGCGCGCGGUUUACUCCCGUGCUUCUAUCUUACUUCUAGAUGAUGUUCUGUCUGCGGUUGACGCACAUACAGCCCAUCAUCUGUAUCAUGAAUGCUUGAAGGGCGAACUUAUGAAAGGGAGGACGGUGAUCCUGGUCUCUCAUCACGUUCAGCUUUGCGCUGAAGGGGCUGGAUACAUUGUAGCGCUCGACAAUGGGCGCAUUCAGUUUGAAGGGUCCCGUGAAGACUUCCAAAAGUCCGGGGUCAUACGCAGCUUAGUACAGUCUGGCUUCGUUGACGACAAAGCUGGUGCAGCAGAUGACAAAGAGGAGGAAGCAAUCGAGGCUGGCUUUGGUUCCGGCGAUGAGUCCGAAUCCAGCACAACCGUAGCACCUGCGUCUGAAGUGACAGAUACGAAAACAGACAGUAAGAAGCCCCCGCGCAAGCUUGUUGAGGAAGAGAAACGCGCCGUUGGAAGGAUUGGAAAGGAUAUAUGGCUUACUUACAUAAAUGCGUGCGGGUCCUCUAUCUACUGGUCUGUAUUCUUGGGGGUUUUCAUUUUGGCCGCCUUGAGUCCGGUUGCAGAAAAUGGGUGGCUGAAGUAUUGGUCGCAUGCAGUCCUCGAAGCGGAUGGCACAAAAGGUCCAGUGUACUACGUCACUAUGUAUGCAAUCAUUACAGCCCUGGGUCUGAUUAUUACAACCCUUCGGUGGUUUGUUCUUUACAAGGGGUCGAUUCAUGCAUCUGUGGUCUUGUAUCAAAGACUUUUGGAAACCGUUCUCUUUGCCAAUAUUAGAUUCCACGAUACUGUUUCCCGUGGGCGCCUGUUGAAUAGAUUUGGUAAAGACUUCGAAGGCAUCGAUAGUAGUCUGUCAGACAAUUUCGGAAGGACCACCAUGUUUGCAAUGUCGUCUUUGACGACGUUAGUCACAGUCAGCAUUGUAGGAGGCCUACCUUUCAUCACCGCUGCCUUCUUCCUCGCUAUCAUAUACUACAACGUUGCCAAAGUUUACGGUCAAACGUCUCGUGAUAUGCGCCGUCUUGAUUCCGUGACGCGCUCACCGUUAUAUUCAAUUUACGGUGAGACCAUAGCAGGAGUGUCAAUUAUUCGAGCUUUUGGUGCAUCGUCAAAGUUCUUGCGGGAUAUGCUUCGUUGCGUUGAUACUAAUUGUAACCCUUAUUACUGGAUGUGGGGAGUGAACCGGUGGCUUUCCAUUCGGUUUAAUUUACUUUCAUGUGCAAUCACUGGUGUCACUGCUGCGGUGACCGUUUUGACUCCCCGAAUCGAUGCAUCUUUAGCCGGAUUUGUUCUUGCUUUUGCUAGUUCUAUUACGAACGAUCUGCUGUUCAUGGUUCGUCGUUUUGUCGGUUUGGAGCAAUCGAUGGUGGCAUUAGAAAGAGUGAAAGAAUACUCAGAGCUCGUUCGCGAGCCUCCUGAAUUCAUCGAACCAAGGCCUCCUCUGUCAUGGCCAUCUCAUGGGGCCAUCAAGUGCGAGGAUCUUGUUAUUCGAUAUGCGCCGGACCUGCCUAACGUUCUUCAUAACCUCAACUUUGAAAUCCAGCCCGGUGAAAAGGUUGGCAUUCUGGGAAGGACCGGUUCUGGGAAGAGCACCCUCGCGCUCUCUUUCUUCCGGUUUGUGGAGCCGACGGAGGGUCGUAUCUUGGUUGAUGGUCUCGACAUCGCUUCGAUUGGCCUUACCGAUCUACGAAGUAAAAUUACUAUCAUACCCCAGGAUCCCACGAUUCUCAGUGGUACUGUAAGAUCUACGUUGGACGUCUUCGAGGAAUAUCAGGAUGCUGAAAUAUUUGAGGCUUUGCGACGAGUACACUUGAUUCCUGCCGACAGUUCUGCUGAAGAUGACGAUGUCAUAAAUGCCAAUAUGUUCCGCAAUCUUGAUUCGCCUGUUUCAGAGGGAGGCGAUAACUUUUCUACCGGAGAAAAGCAAUUGUUGUGCAUGGCUCGAGCCAUCCUCAAAAGGUCAAAAGUCUUAGUUAUGGACGAGGCAACAGCCAGUGUGGAUUACGCGACAGACGAACUGAUCGGGAAGACCAUUCGACAAGAAUUUUCUGAGAGCACAAUACUGACUAUCGCUCAUCGACUCAGAACCGUUAUUGAUUAUGAUAGGGUCAUGCUUUUGGACCAGGGUCGUAUAGUGGAGUUCGACACACCCAAGGUUCUUUUGAGUGAUCCAGCCUCAAAAUUCCACGCGCUUUGCAAAGCAACAGGCAAAGAGGAGUUUUCCGUCCUAAAGAAGAUGGCUGGGGUAUGA